AUGCCUCGUUCACCCGCGGAAGAGGCACUGUCGGAGCUCCAGUACGGACAGGGCGAGAUGUUGGAAUCCUUUGGGAACCUUCGUACUUUGGGACACGGAGACCACAUUGACCCCCCGAAGCUGGUAAUCUGCGGCUGCAAGCAAACGGGCAAGAGCUCUGUCCUCGAUGCAAUCACUCGAAUCCGGUUUUCGCAGCCGUAUAGCACCCGCUUACCGAUAGAGGUGGCUUUUCGUCGCAGUUCAACCGCCAACAUCAAAGUUUCCAUCAUUUCAAGCAAUAACGAAGCCGGAGACCGCGAGGAGGACGGACGCGAAGAUAUGGCGCCUGGAUCUGUUUUCGAGGUCGACGACCUCCCAUCGGCAGUUCGGGAGACAGAAAAGAUUCUAGGGUCUGCUGAUGACCAACGCCUUACUGCUGGGGAUCAUAUCCUUAGAAUGAGCUGUUGUGGUCCGGCAAUGCCGGAGUUAACACUUGUGGAUCUGCCCGGUUUCGACUUUCCUUCGUUAUGUAAGGAAGAGACAGAUCAGGGAUGGCCUCUCGAUCGUCUGGUUAGAAGGUAUAUGGAGGAUCCGCUGACGACCUUGAUCGUAGUCGUGAGCGCCAAAGUGACCGAUAACUGGCAGCGGGCAUUCGAGAACAUCAAAACGUACGACCCUGACGGGGUGCGUACAUUGGGUGUCGUGACAUGCUUGGAUAUGACCGAUCCGAAUGCACAUGAGCAUCAACUGGCGCUUGAGCUGCUUCAAAACAAGAGGUUUCCCCUCGAGCUACAAUGGCAUGCCAUUGUGAACCGGAGUUCGUCCGAAUACGUCAUUAGCGACCAAGCAAGAGACACGAAGGAAGACAUAUGCUUAAGUUAUGAACCCCGCGCCUCACGAUUGAUCGGAUGUCGCGGUGCUCGGGAAUUUCGCCGUGGGCUAGCCGGUCUCCUACGCGGCAAGCUUUGCGAAAGUAUGUUUCCACAAUGGAAAGACGAGAUAGUUCGUCAAUUCAAGAUCAUUCAGGAGAAACGAUUGAUUCUAGGGCCCCCACGACCGACGGUCCAAAAGCAACGAGCUAUUCUCUAUGGCACCAGCGAGGAAUUCCAACGCCUCGCGCUGCACGCUCUGACUGGAGCCUACGGAGAUGUAUUUUUCAAAUGGAGCGGCACGGGCAGACUAGGCUGUCGUUGCUUGCGGUUUGUUGUACAGAGGCUGAAAAAUGAUUUUGUCGAGGCGAUAACUCUUCGUGGAGGUCGGAAGAAGAUCAUCGACGCGGGUGGGAUGGUUGCCGAACAUGACCGUAUGCGACAGGCUAUACAGUCAGACAACCUCUACAUGGGCUUCUGGGACGGUAUAUUUGUGGAUCGUCAGACCCAGGCCGCUGAGUUCGAUUAUGAAUUACGCGGAGAGCGAGACUUGGUGAAACGUGGUUAUCUAUCGACUCGUUUGGUCGUGGACUUGCUUCGCGAUCUGACCGAGUCAUGGGAUGAGUUGGCGGAGAAACACCUAAUGGCAGUGUUGCAAGCAUUGAGGGAAUUUACCAGCGAGCUUCUUCAACAUCUGGCAGGGGAUACCCUGGGUGCAUCCCUAUUCACAAGGUUCAUGGACGCCCGGUUGAGGGAUGCACAGGGAGCUGCGAUCAAGCAGAAGGCAGUGGCUCUUGAUCGAUUACGUCCAAAACAUCCGUCUCUAUCCGGGACGAGCCUUAACGACUGGAACAGGAUAGCCCUUGCGCUCCCCGGUCUGCAGAAUCCCAGAUAUGAGGCUGUCGGACCAGAUGUUGGACGCAUGGCCGCGAACGUGGAGGAAUCCGACAAUCUCAUGACUGGUGCAGACCUCGUUGGCUGGGCAGAAAAACACUACCAUAGAACGUGUGAUGAAUUUGUUUUCCGGUUGAAUUCCCUUAUCAUCGAAGGCUUUCUUCGCUCAGGCAUGGAGGGUGCUUUUACAGCAAGGGACGUUCACAGCUUACGAGACGAUCAAGUCCAAGAAUUAGCAGCCGAAUCGACUGACGCGAUGACCGAACGGGAUGCCCUAGCACAGGAGUAUGAAAUUUUGCGCGCCACUGCCCGAUCGUUCGCUUUUCAUGCCAAGAUUGGUUAUGGUAAGAACCCUAGAACCGGCGAAUGCGGCAUAUGA